GCACGCUUGCUGCUCGAUCCUUGGCUCAUUACACUGCCAUCAAGAUCACCUCAUGUCUCCCUUCAUAUCCAUUUCUUCUUGCUGAUCAUUAUCACUACUCGUGUGCCUAGCUAGUGCCUUGCCAUGUCUUGCUUGACCUCUCCUCAGCUGGCUCCCAAGAUGCAGCUUAAGCUCACUGCCGCUGUCGCCGCUCUCCUCGUCGUCGUCUUCUUUGCGCUCUUCGUCGGCUCAUGCGAGGCGCGCCGCCUUCGUGCCCUUGGCAGGGUCAGCUCGCUAAAACCAUCGUCGUCACCUCCUACGCCGUACAAGGAUGCGGCAAGCAUGAAGCUUCAUGGUUCUGAUCCAACGAACCAGAAGAAGGAUUUAUCAAGUACUAGUAUGGAUCAUCACAUGGCUAGCGGGGACGAUGCGAAGGCGAAGGACGGAGUGGCAAUGGCAUCACCAGGUGCAGUUCAGACUACGAUUGUCGUUAGGGUUUCGAACCGGCUCUCUCAUCAGGAGCGAAGGGUGGACACAGCGUUUCAUCUGGACUACGCUGGCCCUAGAACCCAUCCCCCCUCUCACAACUGAUGAGUAUGUCGUUCUGUGGCAUUCUCUGACUCUGUCUGAUGAUCUUAAUUACUAAUAUGCAACUUAAGUGAUUUAUGUAUAU